AUGUUUAAUGUGACAAAUAGUUCAAGAAGUACAAAGGAAAGCAUUCUAAAAAAUGUUAAUCACAAGGAAACUGUUGUCAAAGAAAUUGAGAAUUUAAGAAUAAAGUCAAAUACUUUUUGUACCAAACCAAAAAGAAAAGGCGAUAAAAUUCAUCAUCUUAUUCGACAUACAAGAGAUACAAGUUUCUAUGAUGAACAUGGCAUCCAGAGCGCGGUGUAUUUUUCUGGGAAAGAAAUUCUAAAGUUAAAAGCAUUUUAUUCUAAGAUUCCGAGUAGCAGUUUUACAUUAAGUUUAUCGUUAAAUCCAGAGGGAGGACAACAUGACCCAGUCACCAUACUAGAGCUUGUAGAUAUAUGUAAUGGAAAACAAACACACAACUGGUUGAAAAUUGGAAUUGGUAGUAAUCCCGAGAUUCUCAACUCUGGACAGAAAUAUUUUGUAACUUUAAAGACAGAAAGGAGUAAACAUGCAUCUACAGUUUAUGCAGAUACUAACUACAAACCCGAAGAAUGGACCACCAUUGAUGUUACUUAUGACAAACAUGUCCUUAAACUGUACAGAGACGGUGCACUAGUGACUGUGGACAGAUAUCAGCAUGGAUCAGUUUUCCAACAGGUUUCACAAAACUGUAAAACAAUUCUGAUUGGAGGGGAUGAACCUUCAAAAACCUUUUACCGAGGAUCAUUAAAAGAUCUAUUUUUCUGGAAUUAUGCUAAAAAUCAUUCUGAAUUAGGACGUUCAAUUGCUAAAGAUGACCACCUUUUUAUAUCUGAUAGUUUUACUGAUGCAAAGAAAUGGCGAUCGUUGUUUAAAACACCACCGCAAAUUAUAGAAACGGUCACAUUUUCAAAAUCCAGUCAAAUUGCAAUCAAAGCGCCACCUUGUGGCGAAACAGUGUGCGAUGAUCCAGUUUUAUUAAAAUCGUACAGAGAAAAUUCAAAUUUAAGGCAUUUGAAAGAAAUUAAUUACAAAGUUUUUAAUAUAAUGAACGAUGAUGGUUCCCAGCCACAAAUUACGAGGAAGCAGUUACAAAAGCAACAUUUAGCACUUAUAGAUGCAUUCUCACCUCAUAAUAUAACAUUUAAACAAGACGUUAAAAAUAUUAAAAACACAUUUCUUAGACAGGCUACAGUACUUUAUACAUGUGAUUCAAUAUCUAUUGGUGAUAAUGUUUGCGACAAUGAUUGUUUUCAUCCCAAAACCGGAUAUGAUGGCGGUGAUUGUGAUGAUCUGCUUCCGGCAGUCGCAGAAUGCAACCCGAUAUCUAUUGCAGAUGAACAAUGUGAUCCAGAAUGUAACAAAUUUAUAUGGGAAUGGGAUGGUGGAGAUUGUUGCACACCUGGUUCGGAUUUUUGUUUUAAUCCUGAAUCGCAGCAUCGAGGUUACCUUAGUAAAGAAGAAUUUCAAGAGAUGGUCGGCGAGGAUAGUUCUAGCCAACUGAACAUUUAUCUGGCCUCGACAAUAAAUAGUGAUAUCGCGGGUCUGUCCACAUACCCUUGGGACAAAGACGUGUAUGGCAUAAACGGUGGCGUGAUUGUACCCCCAGAAUCGUUUGGAGCACCGGGUAAGAUGAAAGGUUUAAUUCAUGAGAUAGGACAUGUCCUUGGCUUAUGGCACGUGCACCAUGGUAUAUCAGAAAUGGAUUGUGACGAUCCCUGUGUAGAGACACAUGCGUCAUUGGAGCUAGGAGAUCUAUGUUCUGACACCGAGCCUACACCAGAUAAUAAACAAUGUCAUGAUCCUGAUGGUAGUAAAUCAACAUGUGGUCUACAAAGCUUCAGAAACACUCAAUUUAAUAACUACAUGAGUUAUGCUGAUGAUAGCUGUAUAAAUAGUUUCACAUCUGACCAGAGUGCACGCAUGCAUUGUUAUCUUGACCUGGUGUAUAAACCAUGGAGGACAGAAAAGAAACCAACGCCAGUAUCAUUACCACCAAAAAUCGCAAGAUCUACCAAUGCAAGCGUUACCAUCAGCUGGCUAUCUCCACUUGGAUCUAAUCAAGCAUAUCCGGUAACUAUAUGCGACGUUUGUAAAUCUGAUGGAAGUGCUGCACAGUAUGCUCAUAAUGCCACAGCAUCGCAUCCGGAGAGUUUUUUGUACUUAUCCCAACCACUACAAGCUGCAGGUUCACCAGAUGCUGAAUCUUGUACAGCCAGUGAUAAGGCUUGGAUGAUGCCAGACAGUUAUACAUGCCAGACAAUGGAGUGUUAUAUUGACCUAGAGUUUAAAUUCAAAUUUAUACCUGACAAAUUGAGGAUAUGGGUACCUUAUACUGGAUCCGUUGAUGACUUCAUGUUGACAGGAAUGGGUGACCCAAUCAAAUUUAUAGAAAUCACGACAGACGAUUUGACAGUGAUCCCAUUGAAUAGUUUUCCUGCUUCGUGUGAUAAUGUGUUGUCUGUCAGACUGAAUGUAAAAAGACCUGUAACAAAGGUAAGAAUUUAUGUGCAGCAUCCAUACACAGCUAUUGAUGCAGCAGAAUUAUCAACAAGUACACCCGCAUCAGAAUGUGCGUUGUGUAGACGGCAAAAGUACAGGGUAAUCAGAUCUCCGGAAAUUACAGGAAACCAAUUAAUUCAAACCAGUAAAACAGAGUUCACAGACCGGGACAUUCAACUAAACACUACGUAUACAUACAGUAUAAUUGUAGUCAGCGGGAAUCAUGAAAGUGUACCAUCACCGUCUGUAGAGUUUAUCAUUGGUCAGUCUUUCUGUGGAGACGGUCAUGUUAACACUGGUGAAAAGUGUGAUGAUGGUAACACAAUAGAUGGCGACGGGUGUGAUAUAGAUUGCAAAGAAGAAGAAUUCUUUAAAUGCUCCGGAGAACCUAGUCAUUGUUUUAUUCAUGAUGGGGACGGUAUUUGUGAAGAUUAUGAGCGGCCAUACAGUAUAAAAGAUUGUGGAUAUUAUACUCCUCCAGGUUUUGAGGACCAGUGGGUCCAAGCAGCAGUUGCAAAUCCAGAAUUCCAGGAUGAUACCUGUCUAGAGUCGCUAAUCAUAGGAAUUCCCUCCGUGAGCCAGAAAUGUGUAAGCAAUACUGUUCCUGAUGAAUACUGGAGUCCAUGUAACAAUUAUGGAAAGGAUGACAAUUACUGGAUAGAGAUCUAUUUUGCCAAACCUAAGGUUGCAACAGAAAUAAUAAUUCACUUUGGAUCAGACGGAUUAGAUGAUUUGAAUAGAAAACAGAUGAUGAGGAUCGAACUUAUUACCAAUGACAACAUAACCAAGACAAUAACUCCGGAACUUCAUUCUAUCUCCUGCAAACACAACCCAAUUCAUGUGCCAAUCAUUCAUGACUUGACACAACAAUUCUUCCUUACAAAAGGUGCGAGGAUUAAGUUUUCUUCACCUAGGAUCAGUAUAGCAGGUGCUCGUUUGAGAUCUUCUAAAUUUUUAGAUCCAGUGACAAUUGCAUCUUGUAACUCUAUGGAAUUAUAUGAUACGUCUAUAGGAAGAUGUUUCAAUAGGUCAUGUAACAGACCAGUUUGUGGGACUCCACGUGUAAAGCAUGGUGUUCCAAUGUGUAAUGGAAAAAGAGAGGGAAGCGUAUGUACAGUAACAUGUAAUCAAGGGUAUGUAUUAGAAGGUCGUGUUAAUGAGUUUAUUUGUGUAAAUGGAACAUGGCAGAGUUACACUUCUUUAUCUUGUGUUCCGGUUAACUGUGGCGAGCCAUACAUUCCGUAUGCGAGUAUUUCCUGUCCAGAUGGAUUUCAAUAUGGUGAUAAAUGCAACUUCAACUGUAAAGCACCAUCCAGAUUACAGGGUGAUGUAUCGACAAUACAAUGUGAUUCUGAAGGAACCUGGUCCUUACCAAAUUCGUUUUGUCAGAUACACUGUAAAGCACCAUCAGUCACCGAUAAUGCCAGACUCCUGACUAAAGCAUGCAAAAGAGGAUAUCACGGCCUUGGAAAAGUCUGCAAAUUCAAAUGUGAGAAAGAAUUCAAAGUAGCAGGAAAGAGCAAUUUUAGAAAAAUAUAUAAACUUGAAUGCGAUGAGGAUGGGUCGUGGAAAGGUGAAAGUUGUGUACCAAUUACCUGUCCUCAGCCAGACACAGUCUUUAAAGGUUUAUUUAGCUGUACUCAUCUGUUCAAUGUGGGCAGUACAUGUACAAUGAUAUGUCCAGUUAACUCAGUAAAACAAGUGAUUAAUUGUGGAAUAGACGGUACCUGGAACAGCAGUUUCAGUAUUUGUAAAUCGUCCAUUAAUGGAUCUUGUCCUGUUGUUCAUGAGAGUACAAAGGUCAACUUCAACUGUUAUGGUAAUAAAGUAGGCGAUCAAUGUGGAGUACACUGCUUCUUACCAGAAGCUAUUGCAAUAGUUAAUGGUCAUUCAAAUAAAGUGAGAGGUAGACUUGCAAGUAUUAACGACAAUCUUCAAGACAAAGAUCCAGUACGUACAAUUACAUGUUCAGUGUUACUAGAGUGGACACCAGACCCAGAAACUAUAACGUGCAAAGUAGGAUGUAAUAAGGCCUAUAUAGCAGAUGGGUUAUGUCAAGCUGAGUACAAUACCGAGGAAUGCUCCUGGGACGGAGGAGACUGUUGCAAAUCAACAGUAUCUGACGGAAUAGUUUUAUCUAUUCCAUUUACAUGUGGUAAACCCUGUAGCUGUUUGGACCCAAAUGCUGCUGAAAACAGAACAUACAAACACAAUAUAAAGGCUAGCAAGAAGAAAUCUAGGAGUAGACGUAUAACACUCAGUCGAUAUGCAUGGAAACAUUCGUUUCCUAGAAAAAGUCGAUAGAUUGUUUUUCAAUGUUUUCGGUGUCAUUGAUAAUAAUGGUUUUUUAUUAUACUAUUUUUCAAACUAUGGUUCCAAAAUGAUAAGACAGUGAACCUCAUUGAUAUAAAUUUUUCUUAAGCGACACGGAUUUAUGUUCUACAUGAGUAAAUCGGAGUUUGCGGGAACGUUUACAGUGUUUAAAUACACAAAUGAGUGAUUACAAUUACCUUUGAAGACAGCUGAAAUUGGGAAGUAAGUUUCAAUUGUUGUUUGUCCUUUAGUUGGGACCAUGAGGUUAGCAAUUUUCUUUGAUAACUGAAUUUUGCUUAACAUAACUUAACUUUGUUUGAAGAUUUACAAUGUGACUCAUGACAUAAGAAUAAAGAUAUACAAAACUAAUAUAACAAUACAGGGUUAAAUAACAUACAAUUAAUAAUAAAGAUAUUUCUGCAUGUAAAAAAACAUGUAAUUAUGAAAACCAAUGAUUCAGCAAAACGAACUUAAAAAAACGGAAUAGUCUGGAAAGAAAGAUUUGCAUGAUACAAUGUAAAUUCCUUGCACCAAUAAAUGUGAGCAGUGAAUAACUUCAAUAAUAAUCAUUAAUAAUCAAUAAUCACAAUAACCAUUUUAGAUUAUUUUUGAAUGUAUAUCAUAUCAGU